GCCAGCUGAUUACAGUUUUAAGGCGGCUGAAAGUUCGAAUUUAAAAAGGCUGUUGUGAAUUGUAAGCCAAUAAAUAAAUGUAGCUUUGAAAUCUCAGGUGCUUUGUUAAAAUGAUCGUCCGACGUACAAUUUUGUUUUUUACGUAAAUCAUGGCAAAAGACAAAGACAAAAAGAAACCGAAGAAACUCCCUCCGAAAAAGGACGCAAAGAAACAAGAAAGCAGCCGUAAAAACAAAAAGAAACCGUCUACCAACCCACUAAUAGUUGCUAUUGAAAGGAAUCUGCUGAAAAUAUGCUACUGCAUAGCCAUAAGCGAUCUGAUUCAUGCCCUGUAUUUUGCAGUGCAGGCCACGAUUCUGCUGGUUGUGCGCUUUCACAUCGUUUCAAGCCUCGCCUUGGCUGGCACAAUAUUCUGGGUUUUGGUGGUGAUCGUCCUGCUGGUGGGCCUGUGGAAGCGUCGUCCAGCGUUUGUCCGGGCGUGGAUACUAUUUUCUGGAGUGGGUUUCGUUAUGGACAUAUUAUUUCUGUUGUGGGGCAUAACAAGUUCCAUAACUGUGGACUGGGAUCACCUCACGGAGUUCACGAUCAUAUUUAUUGGUAUACUUGUGGAAUUUACCUGCAUAUAUUUCAUAUAUCGAUAUUAUUUGCUAAUGGAGGGUAGCGCGGGGUCGAAGGAAGCCGAAACGGGAUGUUGUAAAUCCGGGGGCAGUAAAAAAAGCACCGACAGGAAGACGAAGAGUGGAAGUGAAAAGAAGAAACCGGAUGACAAAAAGAAGGCAAAGGAGAAGAAAGCCAAGGAGAAGAAAAAGGCGCAGGACAAGAAGAAAGCCGACGCGAAGAAGAAAGCGGACGCAAAGAAGAAAGGGAAGAAAUGAUUCGUUGCCUUCUUCGUUUUGUUUGUCAUUAUUUCCUUGUUGCUUGGUUGGCCUUGUGUUUCAAUUCCAAAUAAAAUAUUUAUAUUUUGUAUACA